AUGCGGGGGCGCAAGAAGAAACUUAUGUAGGUGCGGUAUCCACAAAACGUCGUCGUCACUGUGCCACCUUCCCACUGGCGCUUUCUCACUCUGUUAGUGCUCGCUUGCAGAAUCUUUCUGGGCAUCCCUCAUUGCCGACGUAUCCGUCUAUGUUUUCAACCGAUGGAUCGGCCGGCGACCGGAAUUGGAUUGGACACGCCGAUCAUGCACGAUAGCGACCGUUACGAUUUCGUUCGCGAUAUUGGGUCUGGGAAUUUCGGCGUUGCUAGACUUAUGAGGGACAAGCAAACGCAAGAGCUUGUUGCCGUCAAGUAUAUAGAACGCGGAGAAAAGAUUGAUCAAAAUGUUAAAAGAGAAAUAAUUAAUCACAGGUCUCUAAGGCAUCCUAACAUUAUUGGGUUUAAGGAGGUCAUUUUAACACCUACCCAUCUUGCCAUUGUAAUGGAAUUUGCAUCUGGAGGAGAAUUAUUUGCCCGAAUCUGCAAUGCAGGGCGUUUUACUGAGGAUGAGGCUCGUUUCUUCUUUCAACAACUCAUAUCUGGUGUCAGCCACUGUCAUGCAAUGGAAGUGUGUCACCGGGACUUGAAGUUGGAAAACACUUUGUUGGAUGGAAGCCCAGCACUCCAUUUGAAGAUAUGUGAUUUUGGAUAUUCCAAGUCUUCAAUGCUUCAUUCACAACCUAACUCAACCGUGGGAACCCCAGCAUAUAUUGCUCCAGAAGUAUUGCUGAAGAAAGAGUAUGAUGGCAAGAUUGCGGAUGUAUGGUCAUGUGGAGUAACCUUAUAUGUGAUGCUAGUGGGAUCAUAUCCUUUUGAAGAUCCUACAGAUCCAAGGAAUUCCUGGAAGACAAUUCAGAGGGUUCUUGGUGUCCAGUAUUCUAUUCCAGAUGAUACACAAAUAUCUCCAGAAUGUGGCCACCUUAUCUCAAGGAUAUUUGUUUUUGACCCUGCAGAGAGAAUCACUAUUCCUGAAAUAUUGAAAAAUGAAUGGUUUCUGAAAAAUCUCCCUCCUUACUUGACGGAUGAAAAUAUCAUGGGUAAGCAAUUUGUAGAGUCAGAUCAGCCUAUGCAGAGCAUUGAUACAAUUAUGCAGAUAAUUUCAGAAGCUACCGUACCAGCCGCAGGGACCUAUUCUUUAGACCAGUUUUUGACUGAUGAUAUAAUAGAUGAUGACACGGACGAAUCAGACUCUGACUUCGAGCAAUAUGUAGAUAGCAGUGGGGAGAUAGUGUAUGCCAUGUAAUUUAAUCAUCGUCUUCAUUUUAGAGAGCGUAAUUAAAGGACAGCAUCUCAAUAUUCAACUUUAUGGCCUUCUCGGCAUCAGGGGAAUAGGGAAAUAGAAAUGCGUGUAGGCCUUAUUUCCUGUAGAUUGGACGACACGCGAAGUCCAUCAUGUUCACUUAUAUGUUGUAUGCUUCUUACAUUCUAGACGGGUUGGUGGCUGAGAAAUGAUAAUUAUCUUCCUUUCCUCUUUUCUAGUGUU